AGGUUUUGGUUUGUUUUGGCCAUUUUGGCACUGUCGCGUAUUGAUCAGAAAUUAAAAAAUGUCUCAAAAAUGACAGACUUGUUGAAGGAACCUGCAUUGUAUGCAGGAGAAAUUGAUGAAAAUCUUGAUCUUUCUCUGCCUGCUACUUCUGGAGAAGAAUAUAUCAAACAAGUCAUACUAGAAGCUCGAAAAUGUGAAAGUGUCGUGGUGGCAGAAAUAAAUGAGGCAAGAUUGAAGAAACCGACGAUAAAUGUGAGACCCUUGGCAGGAUGCACAGAAGCACCAGCGAGCUUCGCACCUUCUCUGGAGUGGCAAGAAUGCCAGGUAGCUGAUUUUUCAAAAACGAGACUCUACAUCGCUCGAAUAAGAGACGAGAUUCAGACUUCCAAACGAAAAUGGAAACCUCCUCCCGUUGAUUUUCCAAAUAUGGAAGAUCAAAAAGGAUGGAUUAAUUUAUGCUGUGGGUCACCUGACACAGAAUAUAAAGCUCUUCCUCCCACUCUCGAUGUUAUCUUAGCCCUGAAUCAACCAACGAUUGAAAAUGUGUUAGAAUAUCUUGUAAAUUUUAUCGAGGAACAAGGAAUAAUUCAAUUCGCCCUGGGCCGGUGGAUUUACGUCCUCUUAGUUGCUUUAGAAUUACCCCUCAAUCCCGACAUGUGUUCCUGUCUACGCUCGCUUGCCAGGGCAUGCUCAGUUAUUAGAGCAAACGUGAUAAACCCGGACGAGUAUCGAGUGGCCAGCCUGAACUUAUUCAUCUGCCUGGUCGCAAGGUAUUUUCGACAAUUGGAUUUAGCAGAUCAGUGAUUGUUUUAUUGUCGUGUAAAAGCUUCUGUAAUAAUUUCUACUUUGUACAAUAAAAUAUAAAUCUAUUUCCGAUUGAA